GCUCAGUGGACUAAGUGUGCACGUCCAGUGUUCAUCAUGACUCUGUAUGCUCCAUCCACAAUCAUACCCAUUUACGGUGUUUUCACCGCCGUGGGGAUACUUCUCACUAUUCUGCGCUUCUUCGUCCGAGCUUUCGUCUCGCGAACUAGUCCUAGCCGCAAUCCUUUCGGCUGGGAUGACUUAUUCGUGCUCAUCGGACUUCUCAUCGUUUCAACAUGCGCCGGCAUCCAAUUUUAUAAUUCCAUCCACGGAAAUGCGGGGAAAGCAACAUCUACUGCGACGAAAGACCAUGAAGCAAUUCUCGAGUAUCAAAUCGAUUUUGCCAUGCUGGUGAUUGAGAAGCCUGCUUUUGGCGCGAUCAAACUCUCGCUUUUAUUCUUCUAUGCAAGAAUCUUUGGGCACUGGCCGAGCUUUCGGAGAAUCAACAGAUGGCUCAUGGCCAUCAUCGUGCUAUGGGCCUUGAGCUUCAUGUUAGCUGACAUAUUGCUGUGUGGAACGCAUCCCGAAUAUCACUGGAUCCUGGAUCAAGUACCCAACAAAGCACGAUGUGGGGACAAAGGAUUGUUGCUCAUUCUGUUCGGAUUGACCAGCGUGAUUACCGAUGCUUUUGUCGUUGGUCUGCCUCUAUUUUACAUCCGCCGGUUGCGGCUCAGGCGAAGCAAGCGUGUCGCGGCCUGCGGCGUGUUUCUCUUGGGCGGACUCUCCACUUUAGCAGGUCUACUCCGAACAAUCUUUCUUUGCGUGGCCUAUCCGCGCGGGAGAUUGACUUGGGGGUACAUUUCACCACCCGAAGCGAAACUGCCGCUGGCGCUGAAAAUCAUCAAUCCAACUUUCUGGGUCAUGAUGGAGAUGCUGUUUGGGGUAUGGGCCGCCAACCUUCCCACCCUCGCUCCUCUGGUGCGAAUUAUCAGCAAUCGUUAUCGUGCUAGCAAAGCCUACCGGAAGUUUUCAAGGUCAGAUUCCACUGCUGAUAAAGCAAAAUUCGAGAUUUACACCAAACCGUCGAAGACUGCGGAUGACAGCCGCAAGGACUCGGGGGUUACCAGCGACGAAUCACUCCCAUGAAAGGGGUGCGCCCCGAUCCCUGCUUACUAAGAUUGUGUGAGGGCGUCGUUGUUUCAACUUUUUGGUAAUCGCUCUUCUGUUGUACCUUUUAUCGCUUUAACCAUCUGUGUGAACACCUAACCUCCAACUCAAGAUCAAUCUCUCCCAUGAUCAGAAUUUCCCUAUCUCACGAUCCUCUCAUAUGUCUUGAUUAUGAAUUAAUUCAUCGUUAAUGCUUCUUUAAUAUCAAUCCUGUGCUUUUCCAUUCCAAGUAGAGUAGUGACAUCUCAUGCUCGUGAUUGGCCGGCUUCCGACUGUCAGUACCACUCCUAAAGUUUCGAAGCCAUUCAAAGAACUUCGUCUAGAUGUUUGUGCCGCAUAUAAUUUGCGAUAAUCUUGUUUCAAUGUCGCAAUUCAGUAUUAUAGAGUGCGAGUGAUAGAACAUGUCUGCGCGGUAUAGUCGCAGCAGCGGGGUGCACGCUCCGGUGGGGGCUGACACGGCGGGGAACCUGCCGGCCUUCGCCAUUUGAAUACACAUUUCUACCAUUGCUCUACCUUGAUUCGAGCUUGUAUAUAUAUCAUUAAUGAAGGCCCAUCGGAAUGAAUUGUCUGCUUUUCGGUUCCAUCACUCACGGAUGGUCUCAAGCUUGAUACACGAUCGGUUAGAUCUGACAUAGCACGAUUACAACACUCUAGCGAUCCACACUACCCCUCAACUACCUUUAUGUCCCUUAGUUUCAUGCCAUUUCUGUGUAGAUAUAUUGUUCUGCACUCGUUGGCUAUGGCACCCUCGCAAUAUCAAGCUAGAGAACCAUCGCUAAAUAAAAACGGCGUAGCCGCACAGACCGUACUAGACAGAUAUUGCACUCGCCCACCACUUUCAGCUUGCGGGUUGAUUGCUCUAACGUAAGCCCAAGAUCUCAAACGCCGCGUCUAAACCAAUACAGGCUGUGCUAUACUCGUUUGAGCGUUCCCAUUCCUCGUCGAGAACUA